AUGACCACUCUCAUGUCCUACUCCUCCUCUGGAUCCAUCAGGGGCUCCAUGGGUGGCGGCGCCCGCAUGUCGUUUGGGGCCGGUGGCUUGGGUAUGGGUAAUAUGAGCGCGUCAAGCAUGUACGGCGGGGCAGGGGGCUCGGGGGCGCGCAUCUCCGGCAUUAGCACCUCCAAGUCCUUGACCUCUUCCUCAGGAGGUGCUGCUGGUGCUGGAGGCGGCUACGGUUUUGGUGGCGGAGCCAGAUUCGGGGCCGGAGCCGGAGCCGGAGCCGGAGCCGGAUUCGGAGCUGGAGCAGGAUUCGGGGCCGGAGCCGGAUUCGGGGCUGGAGCAGGAUUCGGGGCCGGAGCUGGAUUUGGGGCCGGAGGUGUGGUGAUGGAUGAUAGCCUCAUCGGCAACGAGAAGUACACCAUGCAGAACCUGAACGACCGCCUGGCCACCUACCUGGCCAAGGUGUCUGCACUGGAGAAGGCCAACGCGGAGCUGGAGCUGAAGAUCAGGCAGUAUGUGGAGAGUGCGAGUAGCCCUGCCACUAGAGACUACACUGAAUUCCUCACCACCAUCGCAGAGCUGCAAGUCAAGAUCCAGGAUGCUGUUGUUGCCAGGGGAUCAGUCGUACUCAAUAUUGACAAUGCCCAGCUUGCCCAGGAUGACUUCAGAAUCAAGUAUGAGAACGAGUUUGCCAUGCGUCAGUCGGUGGAAGCAGAUAUCGCCGGGCUGAAGGUGCUGCUGGGAGACAUGGGCGUGGCCAAGACAGACCUCACCAUGCAGGUAGAAAGCCUGAUGGAGGAGAUGGCCUUCAUGAAGAAAAACCAUGAGGAGGACAUGUUGGCCAUGAAGGACCAAAUGAGCGGUCAGGUGAAUGUGGAGGUGGACGCCGCUCCCCAGCAAGACCUAACAGCCGUGUUGGCCGAGAUCAGAGACCACUACGAGAUGGUGGCCCAAAAGAACCGCAAGGACCUGGAGGUCUGGUUCCAGACCAAGAGUGAGUCCAUCAAUAAGGAGGCGGCGACCUGUGAGGUUACCUUGAAGACAACUACCACAGAGGUGAAGGAGGUGAAGAGCCAACUGCAGGCCCUGGAGAUCGAGCUCCAGUCACAGCUCAGCAUGAAAGCAUCUCUGGAGGCUUCCUUGGUGGACAUAAAUAACCGUUUCUCUAUGCAGCUGUCUGAAUACCAGAUGAGGGUGACCAGCAUGGAGGAGCAGCUGGUGCAGCUCCGGACCGACCUGGAGCGCCAGGGACAAGAGUACCAGGUGCUCCUGAACAUCAAGACUCGGCUGGAGAUGGAGAUUGCUGAGUACCGGAGGCUGCUGGAUGGAGAAGCUGACAGCUCUGCUGGCUGCAUCCAGAUGACCAAGGCCGUCAUCUUCGCUGAUAAAGAAGAAACCAGCCCUGCUGUCACUUCCCUGAUGAAAAAGACCGUCAUCAUCAGCAAUGAAGAAGAAACCAUCCCUGCUGUCACUUCCCUGAUGAAAAAGACCGUCAUCAUCGGCAAUGAAGAAGAAACCACCUCUUCUAUUACUACUACCACCACCACCACCCAGAUCGAGGAGGAGGAGGAGGAGUCUUGAGGCGUGAACCAAUCGACACCCGCACGGAGAUGACCUGACCAAUCAUUCAUCUGUCUGGCCGGGUUUGGGGUCGGAUUUCCACCAAUCACCUUCGUCUUUGCUCUAUCACCGCGCCAAAUAUCUCUCUGCAAGAAGCGCCUGUCUCAACCCCAGAUCCCCACGCAUUUUUCUUUUUCUUUUUCUGUUAAUGUCUCUUCUUUAAAGAAACCUAUGCGAUGUCAGCCAGCAUUAACAGGAUGGUGCGUUUGUGAGGGGUUAGCUGUCAUGUCACAUUGUCUUUACUACUUCAGGUCACCCAGGGUGGCCGCCCUUUCCCCAACUAAGACGACACAAGUCUUGCUUGUCUACUGGUUUGAGCAAUAAAGCUGAACAAAA